AUGGCAGGCCCGUAUCUUUCACCACUGGGGCCCCAAGCUGAUUUGCUCACCGAGUACAUGUUUGGAAGACGUCGUCAGGUCAGUAGACGCAAUCGGACGACUUUUACCCCGCAACAGCUUCAAGAAUUGGAAUCACUCUUCCAGAAGACGCACUAUCCGGACGUUUUUCUCAGGGAAGAAGUUGCCCUUCGUAUUGCACUCUCAGAGGCUCGUGUUCAGGUUUGGUUUCAAAAUCGACGCGCAAAAUGGCGGAAACAAGCCCGGCUGCAAUUGCUACAGGACGCAUGGAGAAUGCGAUGUUUAGGGUUGGGAAGUGCAGCACCCUUGCUUCUGAGGCCACCACCUACAACAUCCAUGGAACGCCAUGACGCGGGAACGCCACCACCAUUACCCUUACCACCACCAUCGACUGCUGCCAGCAACAAUGGGCCACCGUUGACAUCGGUCAACAGUGACAAAAUACUUGGCACACCGUCUGUAUCCGUUUGCAGAGAUUACAGGAUUCUUCCACCUCCCCAUGGAUAUUCGGUAUCCUGUGAUAAGUCUCCCGAAAGAAUGAAAUGUGGUUGCGGCUCCCCGCCAAGAUUGUGUGGUAGUCCGGUAGAAAGAGAUACAAGCCUAACUGUCAAAGAUAGACCUCAAGAAGCUGAGAUGGACCUCACUGUGAAGGGUCCACCUCGGCACAAACCGAUUUCAACUUUAUUUCAUCAACUGCCUCAACAAGAACUCAGUCCUUCGCAAACUAUCGACGAACCCCUGGACGUGACACUUAAUACGAACAAAAAUAAUUAAACAUUCCUCUUAUCAGUUUCAUUUCCUA